AACUCUUGCAAUUCACAUUUCCUCUUUCAGAGAAAAAUGAAGACCGCAGUGUGUUUCAUUGUGCUGUGUGCCCUAAUCUCAGCAUCAUCUCAAGCAAGAUCAAUCAUCAAAAGACCACUACCUAACCCUGGAUUUAAGAUCAACUCUGCUAAUAAUCAGAAUGAAGAAACCUGUUCUUUCACGGUAAGGAUUGUAACGAGCUGCUCUUCGGUUCCGUACACCAGAGAUCGAAUCAGUAUCUCCUUCGGCGAUGCUUACGGCACUCAGGUUUACGCACCGAGAUUAGACGAUCCGUCGGCGAGGACAUUCGAGCCGUGUUCCGCCGAUACGUUCGAUAUAUACGGUCCGUGUACCGAUCAAAUAUGUUCCAUGUAUGUGUACAGAAGCGGAUAUGACGGUUGGUUGCCGACGAGAGUAGAGGUAUACGGCGAUACAACGAGGCCGGUUUCUUUUGAUUACGAUGAGUGGAUUCCGGCCGAAAUGUGGUAUGGAUACGAUUACUGUUCUCCCUAUGCUGUUACUACUGCUGCUCGUUCGUCAAAAACUAAAAUCAACAAUGAAGUGAAACCAGAGGAAGUUUGAAUUGCAGAUUUGGACAUCCGAUUUCAACGUUUGUGUUAAUAUGAUGAAUAAUGUAUCAUAUCGUAUCAAGUUUAAUGAAUAAACCGACCUGUGUUGUA